AAUGUGCUACGUGUCAAAGUGGGCGCGGCCAGUAGAGCAGCGGAAGUCCAGCUGAGAUGUCAGAGAGAGAGAAGAGCAUCAGAGCAGCUGCAGGCAAAUAAAGUUUCUGAUGUUUUCAGUCCAAUGAAUGUCGCUCGAGUGAUUCUCGCGCUAAUAUUCUGCACAUUUUUCACUGCGUCUUACUUCACUAAUAAGUAUGUCCUGUCUGUCUUAAAGUUUACAUUUCCGACUAUAUUUCAAGGGUGGCAGACCUCCACUGGGGCUCUUUUGCUUCUGGUUACGUGGAAACUAGGCUGGGUUGAAAUCAAUGGCUUCUCCAGAUCUGCAGCUUUUUCACAGCUUCCCGGAGCCUUUUUAUUUAUCGGAAACAUUUAUGCGGGGUCCAAAGCGCUGUCACUUUUGCCCAUUCCCUUUUUCUUCGUGUUGCAAAAUGCUUCAGAAGUCUUUGUGUUUCUCAUGAUAACAGUAACUCACAGAAAAAAACCGUCAUGGAUGAAAUUAUUAAGUGUGUGUUUGCUGCUGGGAUCUGCUACAGGCCUUAUUCUGUACAAUCCUCGGUUUGGUCCCAGUGGCUACACCUGGGGCUCCAUCCAUCUGUUCUGUGUUGGUGCAUAUAAAGUAUUUCAGAAGAACACAAAGUCAAGCCAUCUGAGUGAUUUUGAAGAGCAGCUCAUCAACAAUGUGACCAGUGUGCUAUUACUUGGCUUUUCUGCGUACUCAACAGGCGAUCUGUCCGGUGCCUUAGAUUUCCCUCUCCUCACCUCAUACAGUUUUCAUACUGGCUGUCUGGGCAGUGCUGUUUUCAACUUCUGUCUAAUGUUGGCAACCAUAAAAUUAAAGGGAAAUCUGUCUCAGGAGCAGUGCGGGGGUUUAUUCUUCCUGGCCAAGAUAUUGGCCUCAGGUCUUUCUCUUGUCCUCUCCACAUUCAGCACUGUGCUCAGUCUAGAAACUCUGUGCUGCAUCAUCCUGAGCUCCACCGGAGAGGCCUUGUUGGUGUAUUCAGACAGAUUUCAGUCAGUCUGAAUGUGAAGAAAGUGAGCAGUGCCUUGGAGAUCCUCCUAAACACUUCUAAACUGACCAAAGCCAUUGCCUAAAUGAGAUCCUUUUAUUACCUGUGAGACUUGCAAUAUCAAAAGCAGUCACGUUUUGUUUAAUACUUUUUCUUAUUUUCAGUCUGAGUUGCAUGUUAUAACUAAAUGUUUAAAGAAUAGCAGUUUACUGUACUUUCUCUAGUCCAACAUUUAAAAGUGGCCAGUUAAUUGUCGUCUGUUUUGCACAUAUUGCACACUUCUCAUGUUUUGGUUUGUUUUGCUGUUAGUGUUGAAUCUUUGCACAUGAUUGUCCUGCAGUGUUUACUUUUUAACAGUCUCGGAUCACAUCCUGGAUACUGUCACACCUUACAUUUGAGAGAAAAGGUUCAGAUCCGUAAUGGCAGUCAUCAUAAAGAUACUAUUACUGUAACAGGUCUUUGUAUUCAUUAUUCAUGAUUGUUUCAGUUUAGCGAAUGGCAAUAUAUAUAUACAGUUGAAGUCAGAGUUAUUAGCCCCCUUCGAUUUUUUUCUUCUUCUUCUUUUUAAAAUAUUUCCCAAAUAAUAUUUAACAGAGCAAAGAAUAUU